CGAUGGAGAGAUCAGCAUCUGCAUGGAAUAUAUGGACGGAGGAUCGCUCGAUUUGAUUUUGAAAAAAGCUGGAAAAAUCCCGGAAUCCAUACUGGGCACUAUUACACUGGCGGUGUUGAAAGGGCUGAACUACUUGCGCGAGAAGCAUGCCAUCAUGCACCGUGACGUGAAGCCGAGCAACAUACUGGUGAACAGUGGAGGGGAGAUUAAAAUAUGCGACUUUGGCGUUUCGGGCCAACUCAUCGACUCUAUGGCCAACUCGUUCGUCGGCACCAGAUCGUACAUGUCUCCCGAACGCUUACAGGGCACACACUAUUCGGUGCAGAGCGACAUCUGGUCGCUGGGUCUUUCGCUGGUAGAGAUGGCGAUUGGCAUGUACCCCAUCCCUCCUCCCGACGCCAUUACCCUGGCCGCCAUCUUUGCUCCGGAAGGGGGUGCCGCCCCACCUCCCUCUGCACCCGCUCCAGCCAACGACGACAGCCAAGCAGCCUCGUCGAAUGGACCCCGGCCGAUGGCAAUCUUUGAAUUGCUGGACUACAUUGUGAACGAACCGCCACCCAAGCUGCCAGCUGGCGUUUUCUCCGAUGAAUUCAAGGACUUUGUCGACCAUUGCUUGAAGAAGAACCCUAGUGAACGAGCUGAUCUCAAAAUGUUAUUGAACCAUGCAUGGAUGAAGCGUGCCGAGACCGAAGAGGUGGACAUUGCUGGCUGGGUGUGCCGCACAAUGGGUCUCACCCCCACCACACCCACCCGGCAGCAGGCUGCCGCCCCUCCACCCUCAUGAAGACUCACCCCGCUUCAGCAGCUGAUCUUCUUCAUUGACAACACUGCUAAUCUCUGGUCCGACCCGGAGGACCAUCACUAGACCAUCACCACCGUACACUACAUGCCAACAAGUUCUUCAUCCAAGUUCUGGAAAUCUAUGGAAUCGUAUCCGAUAUAUGUUACAUAAUACUCAAUAUAAUAUACGCAGUAUUGUAGAUUAAAUGCAAUGAAGAUGAAAUGAAGCUCUAUAAAUAUGGUUGUCUGCGACCUGAAUGACUAAAAAUUGAGAAGAUAAAGAUGCUGAAGAGAAAAAUUGAGAGAGAGAUAAUUGAUAAUUGCACAAUUAUUGGCCAAAGCUGUAGGAGCAUCUGUCGAUGCUGAACAGAAAAAUUGGGAGAGAGUGAGAGAGAGAUAAUUGAUAAUCGCACAAUUAUUGGCCAAAACUGUAGGAGCAUCUGUCGAUGCUGAAGAGAGAAAUUGGGAGAGAGUGAGAGAGAGAUCAUUGAUAAUUGCACAAUUAUUGGCCAAAGCUGUAGGAGCAUCUGUCGAUGCUGAAAAGAGAAAUUGGGAGAGAGUGAGAGAGAGAUAAUUGAUAAUUGCACAAUUAUUGGCCAAAGCUGUAGGAGCAUCUGUCGAUGCUGAAGAAAGAAAUUGGGAGAGAGAGAGAGAUAUGCUGAAGAGAAAAAUUGAGUGAGAGAGAGAUAAUUGAUAAUUGCAUAAUUAUUGGCCAAAGCUAUUGAGGAGCAUCUAUCGAUGCCUAACUUUUUAAGGUGAGUUUUCACAUAUCAGUAUUAAGUGUCAGUGAAAAUAUCACUUCAGUGAAAAUUUUAUUGCCCAAAAGGACUAUUCCCGCUUAUCCCCGGUAUGAAAGGUCCCAUUAAAACAUGGUAAUAAUAUUUUAAAAAUUAUUAUUAAACGAAAAUCCAAUCUAAAUGCUGUAAUUCACCCCGAAGACUUCUGCUACUGCAAAUAUUGACAACAGGGUAAACAGCU